UGUCUUGCAGCUAAUUCUAGCUUUCAAAAAUCUGCCUAAUCCAAAUGGCUCUGUUGACUUUACACUUUAGCCAAACGCUCUGAGGUUAUCAGUUUUUUAAGGCAGUGCCCCUUGGAGGAGAGGUCAUCUUUUGCACCUAAGUGGGUGUCUCAGAGUCUGCAGGCAAGAUGGAAUCGACUCCACUCAACAGGCGACAGUGGACUUCCCUGUCCUUGAGAGUAACAGCCAAAGAGCUCUCUCUUGUCAACAAGAACAAGUCAUCGGCAAUUGUGGAAAUAUUCUCCAAGUACCAGAAAGCCGCUGAAGAGGCAAACAUGGAAAAGAAGCGAAACAACACGGAAAGUCUCCCCCAGCACUUUAGGAGAGGGACCUUGUCUGUGCUGAAGAAGAAGUGGGAGGGCCCGGUGGCCGGAGCGGGGUCCCACACAGACACACUGUCGAACAGCAGCAGCGAGGGUGGGCACACGGCAGGCCACCCUCCUGCCGAGGUGACAGACAACGCUUCUUCUGGAACCAGAACUGACCAAGAACAGCAAACCCAGCCCAAGCCCAGAUUUGGGUCUCGUCCGGAAGCCGUUAUUCAGUGCCCGUAUCCUCGCUCAGAAGACAGCCAGGACCUUAGAGCCCAAGCCAUGGAAAGCCAAAUAAUGGAAAACUGUCUGGGAGAUUCCAGGCAUGAAGUAGAGAAACCUGAAGUGAGUGAAAGCACAGAAGCUUCAGGCAAAAUAGAGAAAUACAACGUCCCACUAAACAGACUAAAAAUGAUGUUUGAGAAAGGUGAACACACUCAAGCCAAGAGUCUUUGGACCCAAAGCCGAGCUGCGGGUGGAAGGAGGCUCUCUGAAAACAGCUGCUCCCUGGAUGACCUGGAAAUAGGCCCAGGUCAUUUGUCAUCUUCUUCGUACAACUCAGAGAAAAAUGAGAGUAAGCGGAGCCUGGAGCUGCCACGCCUCUCGGAAACCUCCAUAAAGGACCGGAUGGCCAAGUACCAGGCUGCUGUGUCUAAGCAGAGCAGCUCAGCCAGCUACACCAAUGAGUUGAAAGCCAGUGGAGGUGAAACAAGACCUCACAGAUUGGAACAGAAGGAGAAUGUGCCCCCAGGCCCUGAGGUCUGCGGCUCCCGUCAGGAGGGGAAAAAGGCUUCUGUAACUGAGGCUGGCUUGGCGGCCCUCUCUGCCCCUGCUGAAGAUGACCCCUGUGACCCCCAGGUGAAGCCCAGUGUGCACCCUAAGCUGCUGAGUCCUGACACCAGAACCUCCAGUCUUCCGGAAAGUUCUCCCUCUAAAACGGUGAAGAAGUUUCAGGCGCCUGCGAAGGAGAGCUGUGUGGAGUGCCAGAAGACAGUGUACCCCAUGGAACGGCUCCUGGCUAACCAGCAGGUGUUUCACGUCAGCUGUUUCCGCUGCUGCUACUGUAACAGCAAACUCAGUCUAGGGACAUAUGCGUCUUUACACGGGAGAAUCUACUGUAAGCCUCACUUCAACCAGCUCUUUAAGUCCAAAGGCAACUACGACGAAGGCUUUGGGCACAGACCACAUAAGGAUCUGUGGGCAAGCAAAAGCGAAAACGAACAAACGUUGGAGAGGCCAGCCCAGCCUCCAAUUGCAGGGGACAACCCGCCUAGCCCGGGAGUGGAGGAUGCUCCCAUCGCUAAAGUGGGGGUACUGGCUGCCAGCAUGGAAGCCAAGGCCUCCUCUCAGAGGGAGAAGGAAGAUAAGCCUGCAGAGACGAAGAAGCUGAGGAUCGCCUGGCCUCCCCCAACCGAGCUUGGGAGUUCCGGAAGUGUGGUGGAAGAAGGGCUCAAAGUCUCUAAGCCCAAAUGGCCUCCCGAGGACGAAGUCAGCAAGACCGAGGCUCCCGAGGGGGUGGAUCUGGACCUGAAGAAGCUGAGGCGGUCAUCUUCCCUGAAGGAGAGGAGCCGCCCAUUCACAGUAGCAGCCUCCCUUCGAACCUCUUCCAUCAAGAGCCCCAAGAAUCUGUCACCACCCCUCAGGAAAGGCUGGGGUGCAUCACAGCAGGAGUUUGGAGGAGGGAUGGUGACCGAGAGGAAGCAAACGGAAGAUGCCCAAGCCACUGGGAAGAACGGGGAUGUGGGAAAACCUGCUGGCGAGGGAGCCCAGAGCAGGAGCGAGCGCAUCCGUUCUUUUCAGCUGGAGAGUGAGAAUUUCGUAGGAAAUGGUGCCAGCGUAGCUGAAGAUGACAGCGGUGUCCCCGCACAGCAGUCUCCCCUAGAACCGGAGUCUCCAAGUUGGUCCGGCUUUGUAGACACCACGACUACUAAAGAAUUCGCUACCCAGAACCAAAAGUCCCAAGCUGCGGGGUUCUGGGAGGGGGAAGUGGUCCGAGAGCUGUCUGUGGAGGAACAGAUAAGAAGAAACCGGUACUACGAGGCGGAGGAGGAGGAUGAGGAAUGACAGGGCCGCCCGGUGCUGGCCUUGGAUUCCUGUUAGCAAGUCACUGCCCUUUAUUAAGAGGAGCGCAGAAACAGGCAGCUUGGCGCCCAGUGUCAUUUAUGUGGGAGCAACUUCGGAAAUGAAUUCCCGCUACCGAAACAGAACAAAAGCAAGCAAAAGAGAACCAAUUAUGAAACUCCAUCUUACAUCCCCGUGUGGCGGCGCAAGCCUUUCAUCCCAGCAC